AGAGAAAAUAGAAAGUUUACAGGUCACAACUGGUGAUGCCCAUGUGUGAGUUUUAUAUCCACUACGAACGACGAGCAUAGCUGAAUGCUGAGCUGGGCAAAAAAAACAAAAGCUGAUUUCAAUGAACAGUUAUGAAAGAAAAAUAGAAAAUCACCUCUCACCACCACCAAUCCCAAUUCACCAUCGAUUCUUAUUCCUCGACCUUCACAGUUCACACUUCACAACACUUUGCUCUUUUCUCCAACUACACAUAUCUCUCUUCUCUCUCUCUUUCUCUCUGCAAAAAUAACUGCCACAGUCACUGCUCUAAGUCGCUAACUAACUGACUAAUCCACUCACUCACACAACAUGAGCGUCAUUCUAUCAUGCCAGCGCUCCACAAUCUUAGCUCACAAAACUUCUCCGUUAUUUCUUCACAUGUUCCGUUUCAGAUUCAAACCUCACCGUUCCAGAUUCUGCUGUUUGCUCGACCAGAUCGCCGUCUCCGACAAUGUCAUCGCCGCUGCUGCCAAGGCCGCCACCACCUCCGCCUCUCUCCACGGCGCCGUUUCCUCGGCCAUCACGCAGGUCGCCGUCACCGCUGUUGCAAUUGCCUCCGGAGCUUGCCUUUCCACCAAGGUUGAUUUCUUGUGGCCUAAAUUGGAGGAACAACCAGGUACCGUUGUUCAGGAUGGAGUGGAAAUUACAGGCUACCCUAUAUUUAAUGAUACAAAGGUUCAGAAGGCUAUAGCUUUUGCAAGAAGAGCGCAUCGAGGCCAGUUCCGGAAGACUGGAGAUCCUUACUUAACACACUGUAUCCAUACUGGAAGAAUUUUGGCAGCGUUGGUUCCAUCAAGUGGUAAAAGAGCUGUGGACACAGUUGUGGCGGGUAUUUUACAUGAUGUGGUUGAUGAUACUUGCCAAAGUCUGCAGGACAUCGAGGCAGAGUUUGGUGAUGAUGUGGUCAAGUUGGUCGCUGGUGUUUCAAGGUUAAGUUACAUAAAUCAGCUGUUACGCAGACAUCGAAGGGUAAAUGAGAACCAGGGUGUCCUUGGCCAAGAAGAGGCGAGUAAUUUGCGAGUGAUGCUUUUGGGAAUGGUUGAUGAUCCACGUGUUGUGCUCAUCAAGCUUGCAGAUCGUCUUCACAACAUGAGAACCAUUUACGCUCUGCCAUUACAUAAGGCUCAAGCUGUCGCAGAGGAGACCUUAAUUAUUUGGUGCUCACUUGCUUCAAGAUUGGGUCUAUGGGCGUUGAAAGCUGAAUUGGAAGAUCUUUGUUUUGCUAUUCUUCAGCCUCAAACAUUUCAGAAGAUGCGAGCUGAUCUGGCUUCCAUGUCCACCCCUGCUAACAAAAUAGUAAAUCCAAGAAGAUUCUCUGUAAAAGGUAAUUUGAUACCUACGGAUGAGAACAGUUCUCUCUACAAUGAAUCCUUGACAUUCAAUGAGGAUGUCUCAAGUAUAAAGGACCUUUUGGAAGCUGUAGUCCCAUUUGAUGUUUUGUUAGAUCGGAGAAAACGUGCUAACUUCCUAAGUACUAUGGAGAAGAAUAAUUCAGAGACAUGCCUGAAACCGAAGGUUGUUCAAGAUGCUGGGUUAGCUUUGGCAUCAUUGGUAAUUUGUGAGGAAGCACUUGAGCGAGAAUUGAUUAUAUCAGCUUCUUACGUUCCAGGAAUGGAAGUCACAUUAUCAAGCCGAUUAAAAAGCCUUUAUAGUUUAUAUAGCAAGAUGAAACGAAAGGAUAUAAGCAUUGAUAAAGUAUAUGAUGCACGUGCAUUACGAGUAGUCGUGGGAGACAAAAAUGGAACUUUACAUGGACCUGCAAUUCAGUGUUGCUAUAAUCUUCUUGACAUUGUACACAGGCUUUGGACUCCCAUAGAUGGUGAAUUUGAUGACUACAUCAUUAAUCCAAAACCUAGUGGCUAUCAGUCCUUGCACACUGCAGUACAAGGUCCUGAUAACUCAGCCCUUGAAGUACAAAUAAGAACACAGAGGAUGCAUGAGUAUGCUGAACAUGGACUUGCUGCACAUUGGCUGUAUAAGGAAACUGGAAAUCCUUUGUCAUCAAUAGACAGCAUGGAUGAACCUGAAACAGAAGAAUCCUAUUUCUCCAAGGAUAUAGAAGAUGGGAAUUCUUCGGAUAUUUUGUUAAGUAAAUAUAGGUCAUUGAAGCCUGGACAUCCAGUCCUCAGGGUAGAAGGAAGUCACUUACUUGCUGCUGUAAUCAUGAGUGUUGAAAAGGAUGAAAGAGAAUUGUUAGUUGCUGUCAGCUUUGGGCUUGCAGCUUCUGAAGCAGUAGCUGACAGAAGAUCUUCUUUCCAGAUUAAGCGAUGGGAAGCUUAUGCACAACUAUACAAAAAGGUGUCUAAUGAAUGGUGGUUUGAACCAGGACAUGGGGAUUGGUGUACUUGUUUAGAGAAGUACACACUAUGUCGAGAUGGUAUGUAUCACAAGCAAGACCAGUUCGGCCGCCUAUUGCCAACUUUCAUCCAAGUUAUCAAUUUCACUGAGCAAGAAGAAUCUGAAUAUUGGUCUGUGGUGUCUGCUGUCUUCGAGGGCAAGGAGGUGGAUUGUAUUACACCUCGUUCAAAAUUUGACUUCCUUGCUUCAACUUCGGUAGAAGCUAGCAUCAACAACAAGGUACAACUUUUGAGAACAAUGCUUUCGUGGGAAGAACAGUUGCGCUCUGAAGUAAGUAUCAAGCAAACAAAGCUUAGUGCAAAGCCUUAUGGUCUUUCUGGUUCUCUUAAUAUUGGAGAAGUGGUAAUCAUAAGUUGGCCCCAUGGUGAUAUUAUGAGGUUAAAAGCUGGUAGCACUGCUGCGGAUGCUGCCCAAAGAGUUGGUUUGGAGGGAAGGCUGGUUUUGAUUAAUGGCCAGUUAGUACUCCCCAAUACCGAGCUAAAAGAUGGCGAUGUUGUUGAAGUAAGAAUCUAAUCCAUUCAUUCACAAUUCACACAUAUUGACAAAGAAAUUGUAAAUAGUUAUUCAUGGGUUGUAUGUGGUUAAGGUAGAUGGUGCAGAAGUAGGCAGGUCUGUCUGAAAAAUAUAAUAAAAUAGGGUUGGGUGGGGAUUUAUUUUGUUACAUCGUGUAAUUUCAAAAAGUUGAGCUUAAUUCCAAAUAUGCUCUGAUAGUCUGAUAAGUGAUAACUGAUAACUAUAUUACCAUUGUAUAAUUAGUUAA